AUGUCUGGGCGAGGCAAAACCGGCGGCAAGGCCCGCGCCAAGGCCAAGUCACGCUCUUCGCGGGCGGGCCUCCAGUUUCCAGUGGGCCGGGUGCACAGGCUGCUGCGGAAGGGCCACUACGCGGAGCGGGUUGGCGCCGGCGCGCCUGUGUACCUGGCGGCGGUGCUCGAGUACCUGACUGCCGAGAUCUUGGAGCUGGCGGGCAACGCGGCCCGCGACAACAAGAAGACUCGGAUCAUCCCUCGCCACCUGCAGCUCGCCAUCCGUAACGACGAAGAGCUCAACAAGCUGCUGGGCGGCGUGACGAUCGCCCAGGGAGGCGUCCUGCCCAACAUCCAGGCCGUGCUGCUGCCCAAGAAGACCAGCGCCACCGUGGGGCCUAAGGCGCCUGCCGGCGGCAAGAAGAGCACACAGGCCUCUCAGGAGUACUGA